AUGUCAAGCCGUAAGAAGAACAUUUUGAAGGUAAUAAUACUAGGUGACUCAGGCGUUGGAAAGACCUCGUUGAUGCACCGAUAUGUGAGCGAUAAGUUUUCGCAGCAGUAUAAGGCUACAAUUGGAGCAGAUUUUCUCACAAAAGAAGUGACCAUGGAUGGCGACAAAGUAGCCACGAUGCAGGUCUGGGACACUGCAGGUCAGGAACGGUUCCAGUCACUUGGCGUGGCCUUUUACAGGGGCGCGGACUGCUGUGUAUUGGUGUACGAUGUGACGAAUGCAAAAUCCUUUGAAAACAUAAAGUCCUGGAGAGACGAGUUCUUGGUUCAUGCCAAUGUUUCAUCACCAGAUACCUUUCCAUUUGUCAUUCUGGGCAAUAAAUUGGAUGUUGAAGAGUCUAAGAAAGUCGUUAGUAACCGUGCUGCACAGGACAUGGCCAAAUCGCUGGGUAACGUUCCUCUAUUUCUAACCAGUGCAAAAGGCUCUAUUAAUGUGGACACAGCUUUUGAAGAAAUUGCCCGUAAUGCACUCCAGCAAAGCCAAGCGGAUGCAGAUGCAUUUGAAGACGAUUUUAACGACGCCAUUAAUAUCCAGCUCGACGGCGAGCCGAGCUCGUGCGGUUGUUGA